AUGGUCCCUGAGGGAGCGUUACGUGUCUAUAUUUUUUCCUUCGCGGUCGCGCCAACCCAACCAUUUGCCUGCCUGCCUGGGUUCUGGACUUGCGAGGUGAAAAUUAACCCCGUUAAAGCGGUUACGGCAAUCCCUGGAAGUCGCUCUGGAAAGCUUCCCUUUAUGGUGCCGCCUCUGGUCCUGGAACGUCAGUCAGCAGUUACCAUAGAGUUGCGGGGUGGGAGCGGGCUCUGGGCGGCACAAAGGGGGGAGGGGGAUGAGUCUCGCUCUUCCUUCUGGGGGGGGGGGAGAAGUGAAAGGAAGAGCUUUUGUUUUGUUUUAAUUGGGGAGGGGCUGUGGGGCUCCUCGUCGGCCUAGGAAAGCGGUGGGCAAGCAAGCCAAAGAGGGAAAAGGAAGGAGGUGCCCGGUGGUGAGUUGACUUGGGUGGGCCCACCAAGACACUCACAGCAUAGCUGUCAACUUUUCCCUUUUCUUGCGAGGAAUCCUAUUCGGAAUAAGGGAAUUUCCCUUUAAAAAAGGGAAACGUUGACAGCUAUGUCUCACAGGGGUGCAAGGAAGGCAAAAGGUGCUCCCAGAGACUCAUUGGCCCCCUAAUGCUGUCGUAUGUGUGCUUUGUAAUGGGGUUGGGGCGGGCGGGUCAUGGCCUGAAAAGGAAGGGGCCCCCACAAGGCUAAGCUGAGCCCUGGAGUUGGUUACUGGCCAUUCUGCCUCAGGCAUCCUCGUUCAUCCUUUUCCUUAAAAUAUCCGUGAUUUUUUCUCACUUUCUCUUCCAUUGCACCUCAGAGAGCAGUAAAGAUGGCCCACGCCUGGCACUGGGAGCCUGAACGGCUGCAGAAGAAGCCCACCAGGAGGAGGAGAGGAAACCGGGUGUGUAAGUUCAGCCUCUUGUCUUAAAGCCCGCUUCACCACCCAGUCAGGUGGCUAGAUUCCUGUAGGGCUGCUUUACCCCAGCUAGUUGGGAUCACUUGCCAGCUGCUAUCCAAAAACAUGCAGGAGAGGGGGUGUGGUAAGAUGUGUAUAAAACGAUGCAUGGUGUAGAGAAGGCAAACAGAACCAUGUUUUUCUCCUUCCCUCCUAAUAUUGGAGCCUGGGGUCAUCUAACGGAGCUGAAGGAUAGGAGAUUCAGGAUAUACAGAAGGAAGGACUUCUUUAUACAGUGUGUAAUUAAGGUAUGGAACUCACCGCCACAAUAUGUAGUGGUAGCCAGUAGCUCAUGUUACUUUAAAAAUUCACAGACAAUAAGGCUAUUAGUGGCUUCUAGGUGUGAUGGCUAUAUUUUGUCUCUAGGUUCAGGGAUAUCAUGUUUCUAAAUAUCGUUUACAGGGGAACAACAGUGGGCGAAAGUUUGGCAGAAGCUGACAGGACUUUUAAUUCUAAAUGGGCAGUGCCCUUCAUUUUUUCUGGAAGUUUUGUUAAUCGUAGAAAUAACUAUAUCAUCAAGCAUACAUGGCACUUGCAUAUCCAGCACGCUGUUACUUAUGUUAAUUUGGUCUGGAAUCUUUCCUCUAAACAGUCUUGGGCAUGAUUAUCUGCAGAUGCAUGCCAAAAUGAUUAGGUAACAUAUUUAUGAGUUUUACUGUGUGCCAGUAGGCAGUUCUGUGUGCUGUACUUACAGGAAGCAAAUUCAAACCCCCAAAAUGUUUGUCCCAGUGUGAGUCUAAUCCUGGAAAUUAGCUUUUCAUCCAGUUACAACUGCCCAUCUCUGAGCCAGGUUUAUCUGGAAUGAGUGCAGUGGAGUUCAGCUGUAUGUGAAACUAUUACCAAGGUGUUUAGACUCCAAGCUUUGAAGAAAGAAAUCUGGAGCGAGUGUUCCUAUUGAUUAAAGUACUGGGCUCUACACAGGAAGAAUUAACAUACCUUUACCAGCUAGAGUGAAAAAGAACAGCUUGGUAUUAUAUAUAUAAUCUAGUACAGGAAGAAGUCUGCAGGAUUGUAGUUGCUAAAGCAGAACAUUCUUCAUAUUGGUUCUGGGAUGUAAAAUGUUUUGCAAUAAUGGAGAUGCUUUUAACUGAGCUAAUAGAAGACAGUAGACUGUGCUGGCCGGUGGAAGUAGACUGGCAAAACCUCUUCAGGCUGUGAGGGUGGGCUGCAAAUAACCCAAUAAAUUGCUCUCUUACCUAAUGGUAGAGCAAGCCCCAUUAUGUUUUGACAGCCUAGAUGCAGUGAUAAAGACUAUCAAAGUGUUUUCAGCUCUAAAUUCUUCAGCGGUUUGCCUUAAGCCUCCAUACAGUUGGGUUUUAGUCUAUUCCAGAGUUGAUUGUAAAAACCACUGACAUAGCUGCAUAAACUUUCAUCUUUCCUCUGAGCUUCUCUUCUCCAGGAAAGUAAAUCUGUGAAUAUCCUGAAUUAUCCUAUCCUGAACCAAAUACUGUCCUGUUGAGCUUUCUACUUAAGCAGACAUAGUUGCCAACUCCAAUAGCUGCCUAAUACUAACAAAGCUAACAGUUAAUAUUGGGCAUUACAAAACCACCCCAUACUCAUUUAUUUUGAAAAACUUAAUCCUUGGUUGCUUCUCUUCAGGAAAGCAAUGGUACCAUUUUCUUGCUAUGUUUUUAACAGGAGCUGUACCCCACUUUAUGUCAUGGUGCAAGGCUACACUGA